AUGCCAGUCAGUUGUGUGUUAUCAAAUAUGAUGCUACAAGGCAUUAGAGUUUGUGCUUUAGUUAUUAUCGGAUUUACUGCUGUUAGUUAUGGGGAACCGGCUUAUCGGCGGCAUCGUACGCUUGGUUAUCAAAUAAAUAAUAAUAAUAAAAAUAUUAAUACUGAUGAUGAUAAUAAUAGUAGUUUUGAUCCAGUGACAGUUAAUUGCACAGGAACUCGUGCUGAUUCACCAGAGUGUCGGUUAUUUAAGGUCAAACCGAAAAAUGAUACGAUUUCCGAUGUUAGUAAUGAGAAGAAUAGCCCAGUGGAAAAUAUCGAUAAAGAGAAACCCUGGAGUAUAACUGAUUUAUUUUAUGAUGAUGGUGAUGACAGUGCUGUAGAAGAAGGUCGAGGUAAAAAAAAGAAGAAGGGCAAAGGAGGAUACAUUUUGAUGGCGGCAGCAGCAAUGAAAGCAACCAUGUUAUGGGUAAUGGUCCACGCGACUGCAGUUCUCGCUGGUAAAGCCUUCGUUUUAGCUAAGAUUGCUCUAGUUCUAGCGGGAGUGAUCGCGCUCAAAAAAUCACUAGAACACCAUGACAAAACUUCCUAUGAGAUAGUAAAACACCCUCAGCACAGCUACUCUCAGUCCCACAGUUCGAGCAUCGAUUACGAUCAUCACGGAGGUUUUGAGGGUCACCGAAGAAGGAGAUGAUCAAAA